AUGGCCCUCUUUGCAGACCCGGCUUCACAAUCACGCAAGGAGCCCUCCGCGCCUUUUCUAAGGAACUACCUGCGUCCCGGAAAGUGGAACAAGCCAUUCCAGGCCAGGCUUCCAAGGCUGGAUCUUGCACGCGAGCUCACACUCACGCCCGAAGACCGUCCCGCCGGCUCCCCGCGCGACCCCCCUCUCGGGAGCAGGUGCCUCGCCCCGCAGCUGCCCAUCUGGCAGGCCCCGCGGCCGGGCCUGGCGCCCCUGCUGGGUCUCCACUCUCACUUUGAUCGCCUCUCUCCCCCCGUACUCGUCCUUCAUCCAUCCCUCUCUCCUGCAGUGCUUGCGCUCCAGGCCCGAAAGAAAAGGACCAAGGCCAAGAAGGACAAAGCUCAAAGGAAAACUGAAACUCAGCACCGAGGCUCCGCUCCCCACUCUGAGAGCGACCUCCCAGAGCAGGAAGAGGAGAUUCUGGGGUCCGACGACGACGAGCAGGAGGACCCCAGCGACUACUGCAAAGGAGGUUAUCAUCUUGUGAAAAUUGGAGAUCUGUUCAAUGGCAGAUAUCAUGUGAUCCGAAAGUUGGGCUGGGGGCACUUUUCAACAGUGUGGUUAUCAUGGGAUAUUCAGGGAAAGAAGUUUGUGGCAAUGAAAGUAGUUAAAAGUGCCGAACAUUAUACUGAAACAGCACUAGAUGAAAUCCGGCUGCUGAAAUCAGUUCGCAAUUCAGACCCCAAUGAUCCAAAUAGAGAAAUGGUUGUUCAGCUACUGGAUGACUUUAAAAUAUCAGGAGUUAAUGGAACACAUAUCUGCAUGGUGUUUGAAGUUCUGGGGCAUCAUCUGCUCAAGUGGAUCAUCAAGUCCAACUAUCAGGGGCUUCCACUGCCUUGUGUCAAAAAAAUUAUUCAACAAGUGUUACAGGGUCUGGAUUAUUUACACACCAAGUGCCGUAUCAUCCACACUGACAUUAAGCCAGAAAACAUCUUGUUGUCAGUGAAUGAGCAAUACAUCCGGAGACUGGCAGCAGAAGCAACAGAGUGGCAGCGAUCUGGAGCUCCUCCGCCUUCCGGGUCUGCAGUCAGUACUGCUCCCCAGCCUAAACCAGCUGACAAAAUGUCAAAGAAUAAGAAGAAGAAAUUGAAGAAGAAGCAGAAGCGCCAGGCAGAAUUACUAGAGAAGCGAAUGCAGGAAAUUGAGGAAAUGGAGAAAGAGUCGGGCCCCGGGCAAAAGAGACCUAACAAGCAAGAAGCUUCAGAGAGUCCUGUUGAAAGACCCUUGAGAGAGAACCCACCUAAUAAAAUGACCCAAGAAAAACUUGAAGAGUCAAGUUCCAUUGACCAGGAUCAGACACUUAUGGAGCGUGGUGUAGAGGGUGGUGCAACAGAAAUUAAUUGCAAUGGAGUAAUUGAAGUCAGUAAUUUUACUGAGAACAGUAAUAAAGAAACAUUGAGGCUUAAAGAGGAUCUCCAUAAUGCUAAUGACUGUGAUGUCCAAAAUUUGAAGCAGGAACCUAGUUUCCUAAGCUCCCAAAAUGGAGACAGCAGCACAUCUCAAGAAAUAGACUCUUGUACGCCUGUGGCCCCCGAAGUGUCCGACUCCGUGGUGUGCCAGUCUUCUGCAGCUGGAGACCGGUCAUUCAGUGAACAGGACAUCAGCCAACUUCAGGAAAGCAUUCGGGCAGAGAUCCCUUGUGGAGAGGAGCAACAGAAUGGACCACUGGACAGCAAAGGAAAAUCCACUGCUGGAAAUUUUCUUGUUAAUCCCCUUGAGCCAAAAAAUGCAGAAAAACUCAAAGUGAAGAUUGCUGACCUUGGAAAUGCCUGUUGGGUGCACAAACAUUUCACUGAAGACAUUCAGACAAGGCAGUAUCGCUCCCUGGAGGUUCUGAUAGGGUCUGGCUACAAUACCCCGGCUGACAUCUGGAGCACCGCAUGCAUGGCCUUUGAACUGGCCACAGGCGAUUAUUUAUUUGAACCUCAUUCAGGAGAAGAAUACACCCGUGAUGAAGAUCACAUUGCAUUGAUCAUAGAACUUCUGGGAAAGGUGCCUCGCAAGCUCAUUGUGGCAGGAAAAUAUUCCAAGGAAUUUUUCACCAAAAAAGGUGACCUGAAACACAUCACGAAGCUGAAACCCUGGGGCCUUUUUGAGGUUUUAGUGGAGAAGUAUGAGUGGUCUCAGGAAGAGGCAGCUGGCUUCACAGAUUUCUUGCUGCCCAUGUUGGAGCUCAUCCCUGAGAAGAGAGCCACUGCUGCCGAGUGUCUCCGGCAUCCUUGGCUCAACUCCUGAGCCCCGCCCAGCGCCGCAGCAGCAGAGAUCACUACCCUGACCAUCCGUCCUCCUCUCCGAGCACUUUCCUCUUUUCAGGGUGAAGCUCUUCAAGGGUUUCUAGAUUCUUUUUUCCUUAAUCCCACACAUUCAUUGGGUUUGCUUACUUGACUCUAGAGAUCCCCCACUGCCUUUGGGUGUCCCAGGUGAAUUUGGCCUUGGUGGGGCUUUGCCAAAGACUGAUAAACAAAAAAUGUGAAACAACCUUUUACUACCCUAACCCCUGCCUUUCCAUCAGGGCAUCCUUUAAAUUAUAAGCGCCCUCUUUAAAAUGAGCGAUGAUGUGUAGACCCACCCUUUUGUUCACUGACUCUGAAAGUCAGAUUUUCUGGUGUAUAUACUACUGCCAGCAUAAGGGUGAGGAAGGAGGGGAAUGGGUGUUAAUUCUGUGUACAGCAGAGACAUUAAACUUGCUGUGUCCAGGCUACAUCGUGUUCCUGGAUUGUUUCUGUUGUUUUCUUCUGUUUUUGUUUUUUUCUGGCAACUUCAGCUACUACCUUUUGGAAGAGCCGUAUAAACACCAGAUCUGGGUAUCGUAUCACCGUUAAAGCACUGUCAUAUUCCUUUCAUCCUUUAAUAACUCUUUAGAUCCUCAGAUCCUCAGUCUGACUCUUAAUAUAAACAGAAAUGGAACCAUUGUGUACUAGUUUCUUGAGAACCUCAGACAUUGAAACACUCCUUUCCUGUGUGUCUUAUUACCCUAAAGCAAGAGUUACUUUAAUUGGCUGUUUCCUUUUUUGUUUUUUAAAUCCCUGGCUAGCACUUUGCCCAGUGCACUUGAGUUUAUUGCCCCCAUAACUAAAGGAUCAGGAUGACUUCAGAAUGGAGGUGUUGGUGUCAGAGCUUUCCCAUCUAAGGACAAGAUGCCCUAGAGGACAUUUCCAAACAGUUCUCUGCUUGUAUUUAAGCAUUUCUUGUUGCCCAAAAUUGUGAUUUUAGGCAGUUUCCCUCUGAGGCUUUGCCAUUUUCAUUUUCUCAGUCUUGGAGUCUUGAAUGAGACCCUGGGUAAAAAAGCCAACAGGAAGGGUGGGCUGGCACUUUUUUCAUUGGUUGUUUUUGCCCAAUGACUUUAUAAGGUUAGCCAUUCUCUGCUGCUAUUUCCUUAUAUGAUGUAAGUUUAUAACGCAGUUUUGAGAUGAUUGAAAUGUACUGGAGGCUUUUUCCCCCCUUAAUGCAAAAAGGCUUUGUGAACUUCAUAUUAAGAUUGGCCUCUCAUAGACUUGCCCAACCACGACGUAAUCCUUGGAUAAAGUCAAGGAGUUAAAAGAAGGGCAGGAUGGGGGUCAGAGCCACUUACUCAGCAUGGACCAAGUGGGCCUUGGAGAUUACAGCAUUCUCUGAAAGCAGCAAUGGGACUCUUGAUUUACAGAAAGCCAAGGAGGGGCAACACGAGGCUCUGCUCGCAAGCUCAGCUUUCUGUGUGGAAGGUGGUGUCCACAGGCAGCCCACUGAACUCACAGACACCCUACUCUGAGGAGCUGGCCAGCCAUUCAUCGGACCAUUGAUUGGUUACUCCUGGAAUCAGAUGUGUUCCUGUAGAAAGAGUUUUGAGGCAGGCUAUCUAUGCAUCUGUUGAGAACAGAGAGAACAGAUGGUCUCAAAAAACGGCAGGGAAAUUCUUCAGCAACCCUAAUCUACUCUGGGUUGUCAACUGUAUUCACAUCUAAAGCAAUAGCAGACUUAACUGCAAUCUCUCCUACUCUGUAAGAUCCCAGUUGUGGAAUUACCGACUUCUGAUGACGACGCAUAAGCGAACACGGGCUUGUGUGACAGUUGACACAAAUGUUUAACAGGAGAGAGCCUACGACUUCAUUCUGGGAAUCUUCCCACCAGAUGAGGGCUUUCCUCCCUAUGAUUGAAGGAACCAGAUACGUUAGAAGACCUGAGCAGAGGCAUCUGGAGACCUGAUCUUCCGUGGGCUCCGCAAACCCUUUUUGAGCUCAAUCAUAACACUGUCACAUUGCCAUGAUCUCACUAAAGGAUUUCUAUUUGCUGUUAGUUAAAAAUAAAGCCCUGAGACAUUUUUAUUCUUUCUAUUGAGUGCAUUGUCUGUUUUCUUUACAAAUACAGCACAAUA